AUGCGUCUGCUCUACUUCCUCACACUGGGAACCACACGCUUUCCGUGGAGCUUUCAUUUGGGAACCGAUAUGGUCCACAGCCCUGUGUUCUUCAAAUACUGUAAAGCACCCUCUCCAGAUUCCCUGAGGGUCACUUUAUAUUACACAUUGGUCCACAUAAGACACCAGAGUCACCACUUCCACCCGCCAAAGCACGCUUAGAUCGGCCGCCACUUCCCUCGGUACAUGCGAAACAAGAACCGCGCCGAGGCUAAAGAAGAGGACGGAAGCAGGAAUGAUAAUCAAUGUUGUCCCCUCUAUUUUAGGAAUACGGAUCUUUAAGCUCCGUUUUUUGUGUGGCUAAGUAUCGCAGAUAAGGUAGUUUCGACUGGCCUUGGCUAGAUACUGCCUCCUUGGCCACCGAGUACCCCAAAGUCGGUCGCAGCACCUGACGUUCCCGGCGCAGGCCCAGACGCCAAGGGCUGGGGCGCUGCCUGGAGGGACUAGUUGGCGCGCGGCGGCCCGGCGUGGUGACGUCAGGGCGGAAGCGCACACGGCGUGAAGCGGCCGACAACCCGGCGGUCACGGGAAUAUCCGUCGCGCCGAGAACGCUGGUUAGUCUCGUUUCGGGUUCCGGCUGCGUUGGGCUUGCGUGCAGCUCGCUAAGACUAUGGCGUCCGGGCCUCACCCGACAGCUACCGCUGCCGCCGCCGCCGCUUCGUCAGCCGUACCAAGCGCGGGCGGCUCCAGCUCCGGGACCACGACCACGACGACGACCACGACGGGAGGGAUCCUGAUCGGUGACCGCCUGUACUCGGAAGUUUCACUCACCAUCGACCACUCUCUGAUUCCGGAGGAGAGGCUCUCGCCUACCCCGUCCAUGCAGGACGGGCUCGACCUGCCUAGCGAGACAGACUUACGCAUCCUGGGCUGCGAGCUCAUCCAGGCCGCCGGCAUUCUCCUCCGGCUGCCGCAGGUGGCGAUGGCAACGGGGCAGGUGUUGUUUCAUCGUUUUUUCUACUCCAAAUCUUUCGUCAAACACAGUUUCGAGAUUGUUGCUAUGGCUUGUAUUAAUCUUGCAUCAAAAAUCGAAGAAGCACCUAGAAGAAUAAGAGAUGUGAUUAAUGUAUUCCACCACCUACGCCAGUUAAGAGGAAAAAGGACUCCAAGCCCCCUGAUCCUUGAUCAGAACUACAUUAACACCAAAAAUCAAGUUAUCAAAGCAGAGAGGAGGGUGCUAAAGGAGUUGGGAUUUUGUGUUCAUGUCAAGCAUCCUCAUAAGAUCAUUGUUAUGUAUUUACAAGUCUUAGAAUGUGAACGUAAUCAAACCCUGGUUCAAACUGCCUGGAAUUACAUGAACGACAGUCUUCGAACCAAUGUUUUUGUUCGAUUUCAACCAGAGACUAUAGCAUGUGCUUGCAUCUACCUUGCAGCUAGAGCACUUCAGAUUCCAUUGCCAACUCGUCCCCAUUGGUUUCUUCUUUUUGGUACUACAGAAGAGGAAAUCCAGGAUAUCUGCAUAGAAACGCUUAGGCUUUAUACCAGAAAAAAGCCAAACUAUGAAUUACUGGAAAAAGAAGUAGAAAAAAGAAAAGUAGCCCUACAAGAAGCAAAAUUAAAAGCAAAGGGAUUGAAUCCUGAUGGAACUCCAGCCCUUUCAACCCUCGGUGGAUUUUCUCCAGCCUCCAAGCCAUCAUCACCAAGAGAAGUAAAAGCUGAAGAGAAAUCACCAAUCUCCAUUAAUGUGAAGACAGUCAAAAAAGAACCUGAGGAUAGACAGCAGGCUUCCAAAAGCCCUUACAAUGGUGUAAGAAAAGACAGCAAGAGAAGUAGAAAUAGCAGAAGUGCAAGUCGAUCAAGGUCAAGAACACGAUCACGUUCUAGAUCACAUACUCCAAGAAGACACUAUAAUAAUAGGCGGAGUCGAUCUGGAACAUACAGCUCAAGAUCAAGAAGCAGGUCCCGCAGUCACAGUGAAAGCCCUCGAAGACAUCAUAAUCAUGGUUCUCCUCACCUUAAGGCCAAGCAUACCAGAGAUGAUUUAAAAAGUUCAAACAGACAUGGUCAUAAAAGGAAAAAAUCUCGUUCUCGAUCUCAGAGCAAGUCUCGGGAUCACUCAGAUGCAGCCAAGAAACACAGGCAUGAAAGGGGACAUCAUAGGGACAGGCGUGAACGAUCUCGCUCCUUUGAGAGGUCCCAUAAAAGCAAGCACCACGGCGGCAGUCGCUCAGGACAUGGCAGGCACAGGCGCUGACUUUAUCUUCCUUGAGCCUGCAUCAGUUCUUGGUUUUGCCUAUCUACAGUGUGAUGUAUGGACUCAAUCAAAACAUAAAAUGCAAACUGAUUAGGAUUUGAUUUCUUGAAACCCUCUAGGUCUCUAGAACACUGAGGACAUUUUCUUUUGAAAAGAACUAUGUUAAUUUUUUUGCACAUUAAAAUGCCCUAGCAGUAUCUAAUUAAAAACCAUGGUCAGGUUCAAUUGUACUUUAUUAUAGUUGUGUAUUGUUUAUUGCUAUAAGAACUGGAGCGUGAAUUCUGUAAAAAUGUAUCUUAUUUUUAUACAGAUAAAAUUGCAGACACUGUUCUAUUUAAGUGGUUAUUUGUUUAAAUGAUGGUGAAUACUUUCUUAACACUGGUUUGUCUGCAUGUGUAAAGAUUUUUACAAGGAAAUAAAAUAUAAAUCUUGUUUUUUCUAAACUGCUUCAAAUAUCUUAUUUAAAUAAAUUAUUAAAAAGCAAAACUUUAAUAGCAAAA